AUGGGGUCAUCCCUUUACCCGCUGGGCUUAACCCGCUCCCGGCUCACCCCCACCGGCCUCCUGCCCGCGGCGGCCCUGCGCACCUCCCGGCAGAUGGAGCAGCCCAGGCUGCCAGGGCGGGAGCGGUCAGGGCACAACGUGGGACACUGGGGAGGCGGCGUGUGGUCCCCCACGCGCCUCCAGAGGGAACUGCGUUCCAGGAACGAGCUCAAGAUGUUGGUAGUGUUUCCAGCUCAAUCAGGGGUGAUCCAGCUGAGUUGCUGUGGCCUCUCGGGAUCUUGGGAACCCCAUCUUUGGGCCCCGCCCCACGGCCCCACCCUCCCAAGGAGGGAAAAGGCGGCUGCCAAUGUCUCAGCUCAGGCACUGGGACCUGGAACUUGGAGGGCCAAGAGGACUGGCUGCCGCCACUGCCACCACCCUGCAGGCUGGGCCAUGGACCCCCACGAGAUGGUUGUCAAGAACCCCUAUGCCCACAUCAGCAUCCCCCGCGCUCACUUGCGGCCUGACCUGGGGCAGCAGUUAGAGGUGGCUCCCUCCUCCUCGUCCUCCUCGGAGACACAGCCUCUGCCCGUGGGGCCCUGCGCCCCUGAGCCAGCCUGCACCGAGGUCCCAGAGCCCAAGGGCGCCAAGGGGGCUGCCCCCGCCCAGAGCCAGCAGGCCUGGCAGCAGCCCUGCAACCCCUGCAGCAGCGGGCAGCGCCCACCAGGACUGACCUAUGCCGGCCUGCCGCCUGUGGGGCGCGGUGAUGACAUUGCUCACCACUGCUGCUGCUGCCCCUGCUGCCGCUGCUGCCACUGCCCCCGCUUCUGCCGCUGUCACAGCCGCUGCUGCGUCGUCUCCUAG